AUUUCUCUAGAAAAGAGCACCGUCUGAUACAUUCACAAGGAAUCAUGAAUACUCAACAUCAUGAGACUGAUGUGGAUCCCUUCCUGUGUACCUGUGGACCAUGUAGACGGUUCUGGAAGGAAAACUUCAACGACGCCACCGAACUUCUUAGUGAGCCAGCCAUGAGUCGUGCAAGUGGGUCAGCAUCUGUACCAUCCCACAGUCAUAUAUGUAAAAUUGGUGAUCGUGUUAUGGUGCAAGACAAAUAUCCAGGCACAGUGAAGUUUGUAGGUGUUGUUGAUGACAGUUCCAUCGCCCCACAGUUGUAUGUAGGGGUCAAGCUUGAUGACAACGUGAACUCCGUACAUAAUGGAGUGUUUAAGGGUAAGCGAUACUUUCACUGUCCCCGGGGACAUGGAGCCAUGGUGCGCUAUACUGAGGUGACACCUCUCAAGGGCUACAAAACUACCCCACCUCUUCAUGGCAACUACAUGUUCCCCAGCUGGGAUGAGGUAAAAAAGAGGAGAGGUGAUCGAUAUAAAAAACUUGUGGAGAUCUACAGAAAUGCUGGUAUCGAGCCCCCUGAUACUGUGAUACCCCCUGCUCCAGGAUACAAUCAGCCCAAACAUAGGGUAGAACCCCUCAUCCAUGUCAGCGACCCCUUCGACAUAGGACUCAAGGAUCGUGAGCGAAAGAUAAUACGGGAAAAACAGCACCAUGAAUCAUUUAUUGAGGAUCGGGAAAAGCAAGAACUGCGGAGGGCACAACAACACUUUGAGGGCCACAACGAUUCUGAUCGUAUGGUACAAACAUUUCUCAAGUUACAACGUGCCUUCAAGGAAGGCGAGAACAUUUCUAAGAAACGAUCAAACUGGGAAGUUCAAAGUAAUAAUUCAGACUCUGAUGACUGAUUUGUGGAAAAUGUGGACAACAUCAAAAUGUUGUUAGAGCUAAUGAAGGUUUUCACAGCAUUUAUAUACUUAUCAACUUUGGUGCCAUUUUCUCUGUUGUUAUGGCCACUAAUGGGUUGACAUCACCAUGAAGUAUAUUUUGAAAAAAGUGUAUGUGUACGUGGUACGUAUAUACUUUUCAUUAUUUCCAAAUUCUUAGCCCUGGUUGUUUUUUUUCUGUCAUGGACUUCAUGCUUUACCUAUAGUUAUCAAAGCUGCUAUAUUUUGUUUCUGAGUUUUGGUAUUUUGAUGAUGUUUGUAUUAAAAGUCAUGUGGAAUAUACUGAUGACUAACAGCUAGAUAUGCUGUGAAGGUAAAUUUUAUGGUGCAUUAUAACACGUAAUGUUCAAGUGAUUGUCUUUGCAGUCUUGGAGAUAAAAGAAUAUGUAUGAUCAAAUUUACAUGGUUUCCUGAGGAAAAACAUACACAGAAUAUCAAUUUAGUUUUCAGGAAAACUGAACCCUAUGGUGAACCAUCAUCAAAUUUUUAUCUUCUUCACUCUGCCAGUUACUUGAUAUUUUUGAAUGUGGAUGAUAUAAUUGUUUAAUGGUCUCGACCUUCGACUUCCUAUUCCCUUCAGAAGUAUAAAGUGUAGAUUGGUGCUGUGUCAGACUUGUACACAAUAAAUUAAAAACAAAAAAUCUAUAUACAUUUUGUACCAUAUUUUAUACAGCAUACAUGUAUCUUUAAAGAAAUAAAUAAAUAUCAUACAUAUCUGAUAAAUU